UACGUCAUUUUAACGUACCCUUAACUGUCAUUAAAACCCUCGAAGUUUAUCCUGCGCUUUUCAAAUUUGAAGUGUAAAAUGAGCAGCCGUCGGUUGCUCAGUAGUCUUGGGGCUACUUUGCUGGCCAAACGGUUCUCCAGUUGCCAAUGCCCAUGUGCCAACAAAUACAAAGUGGCCGUUAUUGGGGCGUGCGGGGGUAUCGGGCAACCCCUGUCCCUACUUAUGAAACUGAAUCCGAAUGUUAGUGAAUUACGGUUGCACGAUAUGGAAGAAUGGACCGGAGGUGUUGCCGCUGAUUUAUCUCACAUAGAAACAGCAGCAAAAGUGUCAUGGACCUGCGGAAAUAAUAUGAGCGAUGCCCUAUGCGGUGGUGUCGAUAUAAUCUUGGUACCAGCUGGAAUGCCCAGAAAACCCGGAAUGAAAAGAUCAGAUCUCUUCAAGUCGAAUGCCGAAGUCGCUUUCUAUGCUGCAGAGGCCAUGGCAAAAGUUUCUCCGGGCUCAAUCCUGAUUCUGGUAACCAAUCCUGUGAACGCCCUGUUGCCGAUUUGCUGCGAAGUACUGAAACAUUACGGAAAAUUGUGCCCUCAAAGGGUCAUCGGGGCAUCCACUUUGGAUUCUGUCAGGGCUGCCACGUUCGUUGCCGAACUGACCUGCGCAGAUCCUAAAGAUAUUACUAUUCCAGUUGUCGGGGGACACUCUGGAUCCACUAUUUUACCACUACUAUCCAGAGCGAAUCCUGCAGUAUGCUUCGACGAGAAGACAGCCGAUGACGUAAUAAAAAAAAUCCAACAAGCAGGUACGACGGUGCUAAACGCUAAAAAAGGUCACGGUACCGCGACCUUGGCUAUGGCCUACGCUGCUUCCAGACUGGCUUUUGCAAUAAUAAGAGCCUUGAACGGAGAGCCUAACAUUGUCGAAUGCUGCUAUGUGCUGAGUGACGUCUAUCCGGAACUUAAGUACAUGUCCACGCCCCUACUUUUCGGGAAAUGCGGUAUAGAGAAAAACUUGGGUCUGGGAAAACUGAGCGAUAAGGAGCAGAAGAUGUUCUGUGCGGCGGUACCAGCGGUCCAAAAAGACAUCGAGAAGGGAGAGCAGUUUGCUAAGGAAAUGCUUCAAAAGAGCAAGUGCAAAUAGUUGUACAAAUUUGGCUAAAUUUGUAAGUCUAUAAGUAUUUUUUUUAAUAAAUUAUUUGUGAGA